CUCAACCCGGAACUUUGCAUGGUCAAUAAUUUUUGGAAACCUCUCCACCUAGGCACAUAGGUUCUCCAAAAUAGUUGAAAAUAUAAUUCACACUCGGAUUAUUGUCGUCCUCUCUAGGGAGAGAUUUCAAAUGCUUCCAGUCCCGAUCUCGGCGCUUUCGCGAGGACAGUAACUUUUCUUUUCAAACAGAGUCUUAGGAGGACACACAUAAACACACUUCAAGAUGCCCCAACAGGAUAUUGUGAAGAUUGCCAUCCAGAUGCCAGGGGCAUACCCUCAGCUCAUUCAACUGGACCAGAAAAAGCCCCUUUCUGCUGUAAUAAAGGAGGUUUGUGAUGGGUGGAAUCUUCCAGGCCCUGAUAACUACGCCCUCCAGUAUGCCGACGGUGUUCAGACCUACAUCACUGAAUCUAACCGUCUGGACAUUAAGAAUGGCUGCAUUCUCCGUCUGACCAAGGCACCGGGCCGUUGUGCCGAGGACCUCUACAAGGGCAUCCAGAGCUCAGACUCAGGUGUGCGCUGUGAUUCGCUGAAGCAGCUGGCCUGCGUGUCCACUGACGUCACUUUUGCCCAGGAGUUUAUCAGCCGUGAUGGCCACUCUCUGCUGGUGAAGAUCGUAGAGGACGCUGACGAGGCCCCUCUGAUCAUGACCCACACACUGACAGGCUUCAUGGAGUUGAUGGACCAUGGGAUUGUAUCAUGGGAGAAUCUUUCUGCUGUCUUCAUCAAGAAGAUUGCUAACUUCGUCAAUGCCAAGGUGCUGGACGCAUCCAUCCAGCAGGUGUCCCUGGCCAUCCUGGAGAGCAUGGUGCUGAGCAGCAGCAGCCUCUUCCAGCAGGUCAAGCAGGAGGUCACUCUGGAGAGACUCCUCUCACAUCUGCAGGUGACAAACCAACAGAUUCAAACCAAAGCCAUGGCCCUCCUCAUGGCUCUGCUACAGACUGCUGGAGAUGCAGACAGACAGGAGCUGUUUGCCUUCUUAGGAAUGAAGAAUCUUCGACAGUACAUCUAUAAGAACAUUAUCCAUAGUUCUGCCUCCGUGGGGGAUGAGAUGGCCCACUACCUGUAUGUCCUCCAGUCAGUCACUCUGAACCACCUAGAGCCUCGCAUGAGGAUGCCCCUGGACUCCUACAACCAGGACCAGAGGGAGAUUCUACACGGCCUGCGGCAGGCAGCCUUCGAGACGGAGAGUGAGAACAGCUUGAGUCAUGAGCGACGGCGCUCUCUCUGUGCCAAGGAGUUCAAGAAGCUGGGCUUCUCUAACAACAGUAACCCAGGUCAGGACCUGCUGCGGGCCCCUCCUGGCCUGCUGGCUCUGGACACCAUGGCCUACUUCGCCUCCCGCUACCCCGAUGCCUACAGCAGGUUUGUUCUAGAAAACAGCAGUAGGGAGGAUAAGCACGAGUGUCCAUUCGCCCGCAGCAGCAUCCAGCUGACUCUAAUCUUGUGUGAGAUCCUACGCAUCGGAGAGCCCCCCUCAGAGACUGGUUCAAACUACCACCCCAUCUUCUUCUCUCAGGACCGGCUGCUAGAGGAGCUUUUCUGCGUCUGCAUCCAGCUGAUCAACAAGACCUGGAAGGAGAUGAGAGCCACGCAGGAGGACUUUGACAAGGUAAUGCAGGUUGUGCGUGAGCAGAUCACUAGGACUCUGUCCAGUAAGCCCACGUCUCUGGAGCUGUUUAAGAACAAGGUGAAUGCUCUGAACUACAGUGAGAUCCUCAAACUACGCCAGACAGAGCGGCUGCACCAAGAGGAGACCCUCGCCCCGCCUGUAUUAGAGCUGAAGGAGCGUCUGAAACCUGAGCUGUUGGAGCUGAUUCGUCAGCAGAGACUGAACCGCCUGUGUCAGGGAACACUCUUCCGCAAGAUCAGCAGUCGACGAAGACAGGAUAAGUUGUGGUACUGUCGUUUGUCACCCAAUCACAAAGUCCUGCACUUUGGCGAUGUGGAGGAGGACACAGAAACACCCCCCAUCGAGAGUCUCCAGGAAAAGAUUCCUGUUGCAGAUAUCAAAGCACUGCUGACAGGGAAAGACUGUCCUCACAUGAAGGAGAAUAAGGGCAAACAGACCAAGGAAGGGUUGGACCUGGCUUUCAGCAUCACUUAUGACGUGGAGGAGUACAGCCUCAACUUUAUCGCCUCAUCCAGAACAGACUUCUGCCUGUGGACAGAUGGACUGAGCGUGCUCCUGGGGCGGGACAUGAGUAGUGAAUGCAUGAGGAGUGAGCUGGAUAUCCUGCUUUCCAUGGAGAUCAAGCUCCGCCUCCUGGACCUGGAGAACGUGCCCAUCCCAGACUGCGCCCCCCCGGUGCCCAAACCCCCCAGCAACUUCAACUUCUGCUACGACUUAAACCAGGCUGAGCAGUAGGCCUGGAGAGAGGUCAAGGCAUGGUAGAGGAGGAGACCUGGGGCUUGUUCAGGAGGAUGUAACGUUACAGAAUGUUCGGAUAGAAAUGCAUGAAGUAGAACAUACAUGAUCAUCUGUCCUAUGGAAUGGGGCAUAUGUCAGUUCUAUUCAUUCUAUUUCUAUCUGCAACUUUCAGAAUGUUUCAUGUCACUGAAUGUACCCCAAUAACGACCAAGCAUGUGGACAUAGCUAGAUACACAGGAGGAACAGUGGCAACAUGGAGGCCUGGAUGGAUAUAAAGAUGAUCUAAAGCAGAGGCAAAGAUGAAUUCUUAUAUGGGCGGAGUAAUGUGGAAGAUGAGAGGCUGAAGAUGAUUCCUUAGGUACUAUUAGAGUGGUCAUCUUUUGGGGUGUGGUCCUUGAACACAAGUGUAUUGUAACUGUAGAAAUGAAAAACAGAAAGGAAAACGCUGCACACUGCUGCUCCCAGGUGAUAUUUAUUUAUAACAACAUUUCAACCCUUAGGUCUUCAUCAGGCAUCCAUAUCCCAGGUGGGGGUGGAAGGUCCUAAAACAUAUAUAACAUAGGUUGACAAUAUUAACAUUCAAUGUAUCAAAAUAUAUGAUCAUACACAAUGUGAUCAAUAUUUACAAUAAUAUACAUAUAUAUAUACAUAUAUAUAUACAUAUAUAUAUAUACAUAUACAUAUAUAUAUAUAUAUAUAUAUAUACACACACAAUACAAUAUUAAAUUAGGAUAAAAAAAACACAAUCAUUUGGACAUUUUGAAACUAUAAAAACAGUUUUCAAGAAAUGACCCACAAAAUGACAAGUGGCGAAUGAAGGGAGUUAUGUUUUCUAUAGUUGAAUGCUUCAUACUUUAGCAUUACUUGUCUUCAGCGUUUCUCCCAUUCUUACUUCGGGCGUCACCUCUCCAUGGCUCCAGUCCUUCACAGUCCUCUGUGUAUUGUGUUUGGGCAGAGUUCAUGUUUCGUUUUGGUCAUAUCUGUGUUUAAGUUUUUCUAGUUUUUCAACUUUUUGGGGGUUUUCUGUAAACUGAUACCUUUGUGAAACAGGCAGCAUGACAGCUCUUCUGAACGUACUGAACCAAAGGAUUGAAACAGAACAAAACAAUACAUAUAUCUUUUUGUAUAUAUAUAUGCCUCUGAGACAGAAUCACUUGUUUUGACGUUUACAUUUUACAUUUCAGUAAUUUAGCAGACGCUCUUAUCCAGGGCGACUUACAGGAGCAAUUACAGUUAAGUGCCUUGCUCAAGGGCACAUCGACCCUUGAGCACCUCGUUGACAUGGUACUUAACAACUUGACCUCCUACACCAACAGAAUCCUGUCUCGCAGAUUGUAACGGGCUUUAUUAGUCUUUACAGGAUAGGUACAGUUUGGCGUAGCACAUAGCAUUUUCCACCAAACUUAAAGGGAUUCUCUGGUACUUUAGUAUACUUUUUAGACAGUAGUUCGGAAAGUAGCACCCAUGAGCCAAAAGUGGUCCCCGAAUAUUGCGUAAUACAUCACAUGUGCAGAUAUGUGUACCACGUCAUUGCUCUCUCUCUCUCACUCUGCUGUGUAUGAUUCUUGCUAGUGGUCACUCAAGUGGCUAGGGGGUCAAUCUCAUUAGCUGGAACUGGAAUUGCUAGGGGACUGGCCCACAAAGGGGAAAAUGGUGCAGAUAGUAUCGCCAAGUUAAGGUUGGUCGAAAAUUCUCUGUGCUAUGCCUAACAGUACUUAUUCUGUAAUGGCUAAUAGAGCAUCACAUUAGCUCGUUACAAUCUGCUAGCUAGCAGCAUCCCAACUCCCUGUUCUAAAGUGGUACUUUAAUAAUUUGAAGACGGAAACAAGAAAAUAGAGGUAACCAAGAUAAUCAGGCUCCAAGCCUGGUAGAAUCCCUAUUUUUAAUAUAUGAAAUAUCCUUUAUAUGUACAGUGCCUUCGGAAAGUAUUCAGACCCAGUGACUUUUUCCAUAUUUUGUUAUGUUACAGACUUAUUCUAAAAUUAAUUAAAAAAAAAAAAAAUCUCAGCAAUCUACACACAAUACCCCAUAAUGACAAUGUGAAAACACGUUUUUAGACAUUUUUGCAAAUGUAUUAAAAAUAAAAAACAGAAAUGUGCAUAAGUAUUCAGAUCCUUUUCUAUGAGACUCGAAAUUGAUCUCCGGUGCAUCCUGUUUGAUCAUUGUUCCUACAACUUGAUUGGAGUCCACCUGUGAUAAAUUCAAUUGAUUGGACAUGAUUUGGAAAGGCACACACCUGUCUAUAUAAGGUCCCACAGUUGACAGUGCAUGUCAGAGCAAAAACCAAACCAUGAGGUCGAAGGAAUUAUCCGUAGAGCUCCAAGACAGGAUUGUGUCGAAGCACUGAUCUGGGGAAGGGUACCAAAAAAUAUCUGCAGCAUUGAAGGUUCCCAAGUACACAGUGGCCUCCAUCAUUCUUAAAUGGAAGAAGUUUGGAACCACCAAGACCCUUCCUAGAACUGGCCGCCUGGCCAAACUGAGCAAUCAGGGCACAAGGGCACUCUGUGGAGAUGGGAGAACCUUCCAGAAGGACAACCAUCUCUGCAGCACUCCACCAGUCAGGCCUUUAUGGUAGAGCGGCCAGACGGAAGCCACUCCUCAGUAAAAGUAUAUGACAGCCUGCUUGGGUGUUUGCCAAAAGGCACCUAAAGUCUCUCAGACGAUGAGAAACAAGAUUCUCUGGUCUGAUGAAACCAAGAUUGAACUCUUUGGCCUGAAUACCAAGUGUCACAUCUGGAGGAAACCUUCCACCAUCCCUACAAUGAAGCAUGGUGGUGGCAGCAUCAUGCUGUGGGGAUGUUUUUCAGCGGCAGGGACUGGGAGACUAGUCGGGAUCGAGGCAAAGAUGAACGGAGCAAAGUACAGAGAGAUCCUUGAAGACCUGCUCCAGACCUCAGACUGGGGUGAAGGUUCAGCUUCCAACAGGACAACGACCCUAAUGAUAAAGCCAAGACAAUGCAGGAGUGGCUUCGGGACAAGUCUCUGAAUGUCCUUGAGUGGCCCAGCUAGAGCCCGAUCUAACAUCUCUGGAAACCUGAAAAUAGCUGUGCUGCAACACUCCCCAUCCAACCUGACAGAGCUUGAGAGGAUCUGCAGAAAAUAAUGGUAGAACCUCCCCAAAUACAGGUGUGCCAAGCUUGUAGUGUCCUACCCAAGAAGACUUGAUUCUGUAAUUGUUGCCAAAGGUGCUUCAACAAAGUACUGAGAAAAGGGUCUGAAUACUUAUGUAAAUGUGAUAUUUCAAUUUUAAAUUGUUAAACUGUUUUUUAUUUGUCAUUAUGUGGUAUUGUGUGUAGAUUGAUGAAGAAAAAAAAACAUUUAUUCAAUUUUAAAAUAAGGCGUAACAAAAUGUGAAAAAAGUCAAGGGGUCUGAACACUUUCCGAAGGCCCUGUAUGUGCAGAUAGCAUUUUAAUUAGUUCCAUUUGCUUAUGAGCCCUUUGAUGAGAAUACCUCAGAGAUACUCACAUGGGCUGAUGAUCAUGACUGAUCUUCUGUACGUUUUAUUUAAGGUUGUCCUAAGGUUUGAUGGCUAACAUUCAAACGGUUCUGUCUUAGGCAAUGGGCUUUUGUGCUUUUAUUGGUGUUGAGAGCUUGAUCAACGAUACAAUCACCUUCCAUAUGCUCUUUAUUGUAGGUACUAUUCAAGCUACAGAUAAGGUAGCUUAAGAUACAGAUAAUGUAGCUAAGGUACAGAUAAGUAUUUUGUAUCACUGACAAAUGAUUUAGCUUCAAGCACCAUAUAUUUAUCUCUGCUAUUAAUUAAUUUUACCUGGUAACCAUUUUUGCUCUGGAGCUGAGGGCAAAUGCUCUAAAAGGUCCAUUAUGAAUUUCAGUCCAUACUAAAUGGAUAUUAGUUCAACAUUGAUAUUGUUGUAGGGUACUUAGGAUUUAUUUUCAUGACAAUAUGAAUGAUUCUGAUAAAUAAAUCUGACCUCAUCAAAUCUGACUGUAAUAUAUUGUAAAACAGUAAACAAAUGUCCUAUUAGUAUGGUGGACCUAUUCAACAUCUCAGUGGCCUGUGGGACGGGUGGAAAGGUCAACUCAUAAUAAUGGCUUUUUGUAGCCAGUUCCUUAGCCAGUGAUCUGGGCUUCUCUGAAAUUGGUGGUGAUUUUGCUGUUCAUUGCAAGUGUGUUCAUGUUAAACACACAAUAAUCUCCAUAGUAACCCCUAAUUUAUGCUUUACUAAGAUUAGGGUUGACAUGAAUAAAUAUGAUUUAUACAGAU